AUGUAUUGGGAAAGAAAUAGGUGGGUGAAAAAUAACCCACCCGUCCUCAAAGGGUUAACAGUACUACCAAUCAAUUCGAUACAAGAAAUUUCAUUUUCAGCUAUGUUAAAUGAUGUUGGCAUUUAUGAUAUUGAAAAAUAUUGUGAAACAAUGAAUGAAAUUGGUACAAAAGUUAAGACGUAUUUGACGAAAGACGCUAUUGAAUAUUUUAAAAAUGAUCCUUAUAAAAAAUAUGUAUUGAAAAUUAACGAAAAACUUGUAAAAACUCCACAAUUACAAACGGUCGUGAAAUUAGAUGAUGAUGAGUUGUGGCUAAUGAAAAUAUUACUAUUAAUAAACGUAGCGUAA